AUGACUACUUCUACUUCCCCAACGCAGGCGCAAAUCUUCCCCGGGAAAGGACUCGGGUUUAUUACCCUGGGCGCUUCGCUUCACAAUGUCCUCACCCGUGUCAAGUCCUAUCCCCAGACCUAUCCCGCCAUCGACCUAGCCUACUCCCCCGCAGAUCCGCUUCGCAAACCAGUGGUAUUGCAGUUACCUUCAAAUGGCCUGCGCCUUCGAUUUGACGGUCCUGACCAGAGGCUCCGCUUGAUCGAAGUUCUCGACUUCUCUCGAGUGAACCUCGUAUACAAAAACCAGGAGGUGCUCAAAGGUGGGAAGUCCGGAGAACAACCCUUGUCUUCGCACGGUCCUAGCUUCCGGCACGUCUACAAUCGCUUGUUUGGUCCCUCAUACCCAGGAGAAUACGUACCACCGGCAGAUCCCCAGUCGCCAUAUGGCACCUAUGUGCUCUCAUAUCCCGGGGUGGCAUUCUCGUUUCCCCUUCAGCACUCUGCUUGGUCCGACCAGUGUGAUUUUGUAGCGUUAUUAUCCUCCUCGGCUGCCCUUCCAGCAACAUCCAUGUCAAUCUUCCAAGGGCCAUCAUGGCCUGAGGUCCGAGCCAAGUUGUUCACGCAACAGGCACAGUACCCACGCUCGUCGGCUUUGAUUGGCAAAUCCCGAGAAUCGCUGGCGGAUGAAAUUGAGGAGUGGCAUGUCCUGGGUGCUGGGAAACUUGAAGUGAUUCGCAGGACAGGCUCCUCAUUAUACAUAACACUGGGAGAGACGUCUCCCCAGGACUUGAUUGCAGACUUCGGUCCGCCCGACGCCAUCUACCGUAAGAACGACCGCCGAAUCUCGAUUCAUCGUGCAACUGGGGGUGGGGACCUGCACCUGAGUCCCUCUCCAGGCAGAGGAAUCGAGAUUCCGGACGGCGAUCACUCAUCCACUAACAGCGUAACUGAUGAUUCUGACGAUGAGAUGGCUACCUUCAAUAUUGGAGACCCCACCUCAUUGCCCGCAGAAUACUUUAUGAACUACUUUCACCAUGGGUUCGAUGCCUUCAUCUCCUAUCCAACAACAACAGGUCCUGCUUUCCCUGCCUCGGGCCUUCCGGAUCCCUCGCCACAGCCACCAUCUUCCCAGCUGACAGUGACAAAGAUUAUUCUUCAUGGGAACGUCCCAGGAUCCUAUCCAUUUAAUCGUCACCGCCGAAGCCGCUGGCUAAUUCCAUUGGAUGAAUCUGGUGACUGUCUGACUUCGGAGUCGCCUUAUGAUGAAGUUUCAGAGCGGCUGCGUGCUACUUGGAAAGGAUCUUACGCUAGCCUCGCCGAGGAGCGUGCUCUGCAACGGCCAAUGGUGCUGAAUCGUGGUUGGGGAGACAGCCCUGAGAGCAGUGUUGAGUUCCUUGGUGGCUGGGAGGAGAGCACAGCUAAAGGUCCUCGGAGUGGUGCCGAUGGGCAGGAUGGGGGAUUAGGCAACACCGAACUUUUUGGGUUCCCGGGGCUUUUAUUUGAAGUUCUCAAGAAUGGCGCCGUGGAGGAUCUGAGAAUGGCCCCCUUUGCUGAUCGCCCGCUGGUUGGGUUUCAAAGACUUGAGGUCGCUUUGGAUGUCGAUGGCAUUGAUAAUGGGGUGUAUGAUGCCGCGGAUGGGAAUACGGACUUGAGACAUCAUGAUGAGGACUGGAUGUGGUCUGUUUAG